AUGGAGAACAUGACAUAUAACAGCUUAAUUUUGCAAAUUGAAGGACUGCAGGUCAAUGCCCAAUCCGCGUAUCCUGUUUUUCUGUUGUUCUUAGUCUUCUACGUGAUCAUCAUGGUGACUAAUGUAGGAAUUGUCAUUCUGAUAUCAGUGGAGAGAAACCUGCAUGAGCCAAUGUACAUUCUCUUCUGUAACCUGCCUUUCAACGAUGUGAUUGGGAACUCUAUCAUGGUUCCUCGCUUGUUGGUUGACAUUCUCACGCCGCCAUCUGAGCGAUAUAUCACUAUUACUGAAUGUGCUGUUCAGGCAUUCUGUACUCACAUGUAUGGGACUACCUCUCACACUGUGCUGAUGAUCAUGGCUUUUGACAGAUACGUUGCCAUAUGCAACCCUUUACGAUACUCAACGAUCAUGACCAACAAAAUGGUGGUCAUACUUACUGCAUCAGCCUGGGGAGUGGCAAUGUUUUUUGUCGCUGUCUUGUUGGGGCUUACCUUAAGACUAAACCGAUGUAGGACAAUGAUAACGAAUCCUUUCUGUGAUAAUGCGUCGCUGUUCAAAUUAUCAUGUGAACCUGUGUUCAUCAAUAAUGUGUACGGUUUGGCAUUCACUGUUUUACUGUUUGUUUCCUCAAUGGGCAGCAUUGCACUGACCUAUAUCAAAAUUACUGCUGUCUGUCUGACCAGUAAGAACAGAACAUUGAAUAGCAGGGCUUUGAAAACCUGCAGCACUCACCUGGCUGUAUAUCUGAUUAUGUUGGUUUCUGGGUUUGUUAUAAUUACCCUCCAUCGCUUUCCUGAGUAUGCAGAAUAUAGAAAACUGGCGGCCCUUCUCUUUCACAUCGUUCCUGGGAUUUUAAAUCCUGUUAUCUAUGGACUGCAGUCUACUGAGAUCAGACGUGUGAUGGUGCAGAUAUGUAGUUCAAAGAAGGUGAUGCCCUGA